AUGGAAGUGCAACAAAAAAAGAAUAUUGUCAUCGUAGGUGGCGGUGUUAUCGGCACUACCACCGCCUACUUCUUAACACGCCAUCCCAAGUUCAACCCUUCUCUACACACAAUCACUCUCCUGGAGGCAACCUCUAUAGCGUCCGGCGCAUCUGGCAAGGCAGGUGGGCUGUUGGCACUGUGGGCCUAUCCGGAAUGCCUGGUCCCCCUGUCCUAUCGUCUGCACCGUGAGCUGGCUGAAGAGCAUGGCGGCGUUGAGAAAUGGGGUUACCGCCGACUGGGAUGCGGCAGCAUCGGGGCUAUCGUGGCCAACGCCAGUACCAAGGCUCGCAGAGCAGCCAAGGAGGCCGCGCAGGCAAAGACACCUGCAACACAACCUGGGAUGAGUGCUCUAGAGGCGAAUGGCCAUGGUAAUGGCGUGACAAGAGAGCCCGAGUCAUCGCCAGCAGGCACAGUCGACGGAAAGCUGGAGAAUGGCGAGGCAAAGGCAGACAAGGACGUCAAGGAGUGGGAGAAGCUCCCCAAGCAAGACGAGGCCGCCACAUCACUUCUCGCAGACUCAGUACUGCCCUCCGACCUGGACUGGAUAGAUCACAAAUUAGUACAGCAUUACGAGCAAAUGGGUCGCCCAGGGUACACAGAAACGGCCCAAGUACACCCCUUCUACUUCACGACAGCCAUCGCCGAGCUCGCCCGCGAAGCAGGAGUCGACAUCCGGACGCAGGCGAAAGUAACCAAGAUCACCCCCAGCCAGGCAGACGGCACUAAGACCGUCGAGUACGACGACCGGCAGCACGACGGCGCCGCGAGGCUCAUCACCGGGGUAACAGAUGUGAUCGUCACCGCGGGGCCGUGGACGGGGACGCUCCUGCCGAGGACCAAGGUCGAGGGCCUACGCGCGCACAGCGUGGUCUACGAGGCGGACGUGAGCCCUUACGCCGUCUUUACCGACAUCCAGCUGCCGUCCGACUACAUUCCCGAGCACCGGGCCAAGCUGGGCCAGAAGCGGAAGCACAGGGGCAACGUCGACCCGGAGAUCUACGCGCGGCCGUUCGGGGAGGUGUACGCAUGUGGCGAGCCAGACAAGAACGUGCCCCUCCCCGAGACGGCCGACCAGGUGCAGUGCGACGAGGCGCAGUGCGACGACCUGACGGCCUACAUCGGGACCGUCUCGCCUGCGCUGGCCGCCGCGCCCGUCAAGGCCAAGCAGGCCUGCUACCUGCCGCGGCACAUGCGCUUCGGCGACGAGCGCAGUCCCCUGAUCGGCCAGACCUCGGCGCCGGGUGUGUGGGUCGCCGCCGGCCACACGUGCUGGGGCAUCCAGAACGGGCCCGCCACGGGCUGCCUCGUCGCCGAGAUGCUGCUCGACGGCGCGGCCACGAGCGCCGAUAUCGAGGUGCUGGAUCCCAAGAAGUUCAAGGUCUAG